AUGAAUUCCGUAAAGAUCUUCUUGACGUUGGCAGUUGUCAUGGCUUUGGCCAUUGCACUUGCUGCAACACCCACUACUACUGGAGAAGAUAAUAAACCACCGACAAACCUCUCUGAUGACCUUCCUUUCCCAUUUUCUCUACGGGGGAGCAGCCGCUUCCUCGCAGGCGGGGGUGCAAUGACUUGUGACCGAUACCCUAGCAUCUGCCGCACAGUGGGUAGUCUUGGGCCCGACUGUUGCAAGAGGCAAUGCGUGAAUCUGUCGACCGACCAGUUUAACUGCGGCAAGUGUGGGAAGAGGUGCAAGUACAGUGAGAUGUGCUGUGGUGGAGAAUGUGUUAACCCAUUCUUUAGUGAGAAGCAUUGCGGGCAGUGCAACAACCGGUGUGUCAAGGGGACUUCGUGUGUAUAUGGGUUCUGCAGCUAUGCUGGCUAG